GACGCCAAGCAGCAAACAGCAAUAACAACAAGUUAAAAGACAAGCCACAAAUCCGACGCAUGUUAAAUUGUGAAUAGGGCCAACGAGAAGGUGGCAGGAUGCCAAAAUGCCAUCGGCAGAUCAAAUCUUGUUCAUAAAUGUCACCACGACGGUGGCCGCGGCAGCGUUGACAACAGCAGCAGCAGCAGCAACAGCACGCAACGAAGCGUUGCCGACGACCACGGCAACAACAUCAGCAACAGCGGCUUUGGCAGCCAAUUUAACGGGCACACUGCUGGACAGCUUAACAACAGCAACAACGGCAACAAUUGCAGAGACAACACAUGAAUGCGAUGCAGCCUCGGGAGCCGCAGAGGAGUUGCAUAGCAGCAUAUUGGGCAUACAGCUGGCGGUGCCCGAGUGGGAGGCGCUACUCACAGCCCUGGUGCUCUCCAUCAUCAUAGUGCUAACUAUAAUUGGCAAUAUCUUGGUCAUACUCAGCGUCUUUACCUAUAAGCCCUUGCGCAUUGUGCAAAACUUUUUCAUUGUCUCGCUGGCUGUGGCUGACCUGACGGUGGCGCUGCUGGUGCAGCCAUUUAACGUGGCAUACUCCAUAUUGGGCCGCUGGGAAUUUGGCAUACACAUGUGCAAGCUAUGGUUGACCUGUGACGUGCUCUGCUGCACCAGCUCCAUAUUGAAUCUCUGCGCCAUUGCGCUGGAUCGCUACUGGGCCAUAACGGAUCCCAUUAACUAUGCACAGAAGCGCACCGUGGGACGCGUACUGUUGCUCAUCUCUGGCGUCUGGCUGUUGUCACUGAUUAUUAGCAGCCCGCCCUUGAUUGGCUGGAAUGAUUGGCCAGAUGAGUUUACCAGCGCCACGCCCUGUGAGCUAACCUCGCAACGUGGCUACGUCAUCUACUCCUCGCUGGGCUCGUUCUUCAUACCGCUGAUCAUUAUGACCAUUGUCUAUAUUGAGAUCUUCGUGGCCACGCGCCGGCGUCUGCGCGAACGCGCUAAGGCCAAUAAGCUGAAUACCAUUGCACUGAAGUCAGCUGAAGUGGAGACCAUUAACACCGGACAUGCAGGCACUGGUGGCAGCAACAGCAGCUCCAAGGCGCGUGUGCUGAGCAGCUUUUGCGCCAGCUGGCUUUGCUGCGGCCGCGAUCGCGCCAACUUUGCCACGCCCAUGAUACAAAAUGAUCAGGAGAGCCUCAGCAGCGAGACGCAUCCGCCGAUAGAGAGCAGCAAUGAUCCACAGCAGCAGCAGCAACAACAGCAACAUGUGGUAGUGCUUGUAAAAAAAUCGCGUCGCGCUAAGAUUAAAGACUCCAUUAAGCAUGGCAAGGGCCGCAGUGGACGCAGAUCGCAAUCCUCUACAUCUGCCUGUGAGCCGCAUGGGGAGCAACAGCUGCUGCCUCAAGGCAGCAACAGCAACAAUGUUGCCGGCAAGUCCGACGCGGAGAUUAGCACAGAGAGCGGCAGUGAUCCCAAAGGUUGCAUACAGGUCUGCAUUACGCAGGCGGAUGAGCAAACCGUUUUGAAGGUAAAGCCAGUUCAGUCCUCUGCUGGCGCCACUGCAGCCACUGGCUCGACUCUGCCAAAGAAGCCAAGCAGCGUAAACCAGUUCAUCGAGGAGAAGCAGAAGAUCUCGCUGUCCAAAGAGCGACGCGCCGCUCGCACCUUGGGCAUCAUUAUGGGCGUUUUUGUCAUAUGCUGGCUGCCAUUCUUUCUCAUGUACGUGAUAUUGCCAUUCUGCCAGAGCUGUUGUCCGACGAACAAGUUUAAGAACUUCAUCACUUGGCUGGGCUACAUAAACUCCGGCUUGAAUCCGGUCAUCUAUACGAUAUUCAACUUAGAUUAUCGACGCGCAUUCAAAAGACUUUUGGGCAUGAAGUGAUACAGCGAACGAGGCGUCUCCGCCGCACAGAGGCGACGUAACGAAAGAGAGAGCAUUACACAAAGUUUGUGCCAAACUUAGUUAUGGUAUACAGUCUAUGAAAAGUUGAAAUACUCUAUAAUUGGGCUUGAAGCAGCUGAGAAAAGUGCGAGCAAAGAAAUUCACAUAUGGUUUCACUCAUUUGUACAAAGAUCUCGCCUAAAAAUAAAUAAAAUAUUGAACGAUUUACUUCUAAUUUUAAAUAUAAACCAAAUUAACUUAUUUGUUGGCACAUUUUUCAGCAGCCUCAUAGUCUAUUGCCAGGACCUACACGUCCUUAGAGAUUCUAAUGCACACACAUACACAUAUAUACGUUCUCAUAAAAUUCAAGCAACAGCAAGGUCAACUUUUAUGUGCUCUUUAAUCUUGAACGACGAAAAAAGUAAACCCAAACAAAACAAAGAAUGAAAAUGAAAAAAUCACAUUAAAUUCUUACUAAAGAGUAAAUAAAAAAAAUCUAAAUGAAAUCAUAAAUGUAAUACGUAAAAGGAAAAUAACGUACAUACUACAAACAUACAUACAUAUACUACAUGUAAGCAGGAAACUCAAUUGAAUUUAAUUAAAUGUUUAGGCACAGCAUUGUUCCAAAAACUUUCAUGUUUCAUUCUACAACACAUUAGCUAAACAAUACAAAACAAGCAUACGUACAUAUAUCAAACCAAAAAUAUAUAAACUAAAUAUACAUGCGUGUUAAAAAUAAGUUUAAGGUGUGCGCUCAACCCAGUGAAACUUCCAAAUACUGUUUUCUUAGCAAUUACUUUAACAGUUGUAUUUAAAUUUAGGUAAAC